AUGUCCUUGCCAGGUAUACUCAGCACUUAUCCAAUCGCAGGCAGCUCAAAGUCUUAUCCUUACUUUACGAGUGGAGCUAUCGAUUCCACCAAAGCUGUGAUCUUCAUUGGCGGUCUCACCAAUGGAUUGAUGUCAGUAGACUAUGUGUCAGCUCUGUCCUCGACCUUGGAGACGGCUGGAUGGAAACUUAUUCAGAUGCAUUGGAGCAGUGCCUACGACGGGUACAUGACUGGCAGCCUUGAUCGCGACGUUUCAGAGAUGGCUUCUUUGGUUAAGCAUCUCCGCUCACAAGUCGUUCUAGGACUAGAGACGGUUGUUCUGAUGGGACACUCUACCGGCUGCCAAGAUGUCAUGCACUACCUUACGUCUCCUUCGUCUGACUCUCGCCCUACAGUCGAAGGAGGGAUCCUCCAGGCUCCAGUCUCAGAUCGAGAGUACUAUGAACAGGUCGACAAUGAUUACACUCAUAUCUGGAGGACCCGAUUUGACCAAGCUGAGCAGAUGGUCAAGGAAGGGAAAGGCGACCAUCUGCUCGACUGGGAAUUUAGUCAAAAGGUCGGUCAUGCCACGGCGUACAGGUUGAUCAGCCUUUACGCAAAAGGUGGGGAUGACGAUUACUUCUCCAGUGAUCUCCCGAAUGAACACGAAGAACCCCACAAGCACCCCCUUUCCGCAUCUUUCGGUGAGCUGCCCGUGCCAAUCCUGGCACUCUGGUCCGGAAACGACGAAUUUAGUCGGGUCCCAUCAGUCCCAGAUCUGAUGGCUCGAUGGGAACACGCUGGCAAGGGCAAACUGGAGUCUCGUAUCGUGGAUGGUGCGGGGCAUGCAGCAAACGAGGCAGGCCCUCAGAAGCAGCUAUGCGAAGAAGUCAACGGUUGGCUGAAACGACACUUCUAG